AUGUCCGCCCCUCAAGUGGCUACGACCGCCGCUACGGCUGUGGCCCCAGUGGUCAGAUCAGUUGUGCGAAAAUCGCCUCAAGGAAAGAAACAAGUUUUCCUACCCAAUUUCACGCUCACUCUCCUCCGCACGCCGAACCUCCCUCCCACCUUUGCAUCCUUCAUCGUCCCCCUAAACCUCAACAAGCUCGACCUACGUGAUUACAUGUGGAAUGUCUACGGGGUACCCGUACGAGGAGUGCGGUCUUAUAUCCAGCAGCAGAAGUUAAGGCAGGAUAAACCGGGUGCGAAGAGACCGGCGCCCCGGAGGUGGUUCAGACCAAGGAGUAUUAAGAAGAUGAUGAUAGAGAUGGAGCAGCCGUUUGUGUGGCCUGAAGAGCCGACAAACUUUGAUGAGUGGGAUAAAGAUACUCAUGACGCUGCGAAGAAAGAACGUGAGGCGACAGAAGCUACGUUCAGGCCCGAUAUACGUGAGAAGCCAACAGCGGAGCGUAAAAGUAUAGCAGAACAAGCAAAGGCCCUCCUGAGAGGGGAGGAUACUUGGACACCAGCGGCGUCACAGUGGGAAGAUGAUGGGGAAGCGGUGGAGGUAGAGAAAGAUGUUAAAAUAUGA